AAAUUUAUUAAAUGGUUUUUUUUUUGGGAAAAAAAUUUGUCAGUUUUUGGGGACGAAUUUAGGAGCGACGCACGUGGGCUUCCACCCACAAAACUUAGUGCGAGUUGGGAGUUGUGCUCCGGGAGCACAAAGCCACUCUGAUGGCUGACCACCACCAUCACCACCACUGCAGCAAUAACCAACAACUCCAAAACCUUCCAAAAAUCAUAGUUCUUCUACCACCAGGCGGCUUCAAGUUCUUGGAAUCUGAAUACUCCCACAAAUUCCACUUCUUGAAGGCAUGGGAGUCCCAGCUUUCUAUGGAUCAGUUCUUGAGCACCCGUGCCAGCUCUGUUCAAGCUAUGCUAUCCUCCGCCAAUGGCCCACUUAUCACAGCCCAGAUCCUCCAGAUGCUACCGUCGCUCAGGGUCAUCGUCACCACCAGCGCCGGCCUCGACCACGUCGACUUGCUUGAGUGCCGGAGGCGUGGUAUUGCCGUUGCCAAUGCUGGAAACGUUUUCUCUGAGGAUGUUGCUGAUAUGGCGGUGGGUUUGUUGAUUGAUGUGCUCAGAAAGAUGUCGGCUGCCGAUCGGUAUGUGAGAUGUGGGAUUUGGGCUAGAAAUGGAGACUACCAUCUGGGUUCCAAAUUGAGAGGCAAGCGAGUUGGCAUCGUUGGAUUGGGAAGCAUUGGUUUAGAAGUGGCAAAAAGGCUUGAGGCCUUUGGCUGCAGCAUCUUAUACAACUCAAGGAAAGAAAAACCAAAUGUUUCAUAUCCUUUCUAUUCCAACAUUCAUGAACUUGCAGCUAAUAGCGAUGUGCUUGUCAUUUGUUGUGCAUUGAAUGAGCAAACACACCACAUCGUCAACAGGGAAGUCAUGUUGGCACUGGGAAAAGAGGGAGUCAUUGUUAAUGUUGCACGAGGGGCAAUUGUCGACGAGAAAGAAAUGGUGAAGUGUUUGUUGCAUGGAGAGAUUGGAGGUGCUGGUUUGGAUGUGUAUGAGCACGAACCUCAUGUCCCUAAAGAGCUCCUUACGAUGGAUAACGUUGUGCUAUCACCCCAUGGAGCUGUCUCUACGUUGGGAAGUGUCAUGGCUUUGCGUGAGCUUGUGGCGGCAAAUUUUGAAGCAUUCUUCUCGAACAGACCAUUACUUUCUCUGGUUGUUAAUGAUUGAAUCAACACUCACUUGAUAUGAUAAGCUGCAGAAAUUAAAGAGUCAAUUAGAGAACUCCAGGAUAUGGAGAAUUGUCAUAUCAUUGUUUGUGGUAGUUUUGAUUUUGGGGCUUGAGAUCGGUACCAAAUUUGUGAAACUCUGUAUAAAGCAUUGUAGAUUGGUCGAUGAGUCCCAAAUUUGUGAAACUCUGUAUAAAGCAUCGUACAUUGGUUGGUUGAUGAGUUGAUCUUCAAUUUAUGUUCUAAAAUUCCAUUGGAAUCUUAAAA